AUGACACAAACUGAAAGAAAUAAUAAAAUAUUACCAAUUUAUCUUCAAAAACAAAUUAUUAAAUAUGUUGUUGAAUUUAUUGAACAACAUACACUCAAAAAUAAAUUUUUUGAAUUUGUAAUUACAAAAAAAGAAGGGAAAAUUAUUGGUGACAUUAGUUCAUUUGCAUUGGUUAAUAAAUGUUGGUUUGAAUCAAUUUCAAAUUUUUUAACUGUUUCAAUAGAUUUAGAUCCACCUAAACAAAGAACAAUUGAUAUACUAAGAAUUUUUGGAAAUUCCAUUAAAAAUAAUAAUACAAAAAUAGAACAACUUAAUAAAAUAUUAUUAAAACAAAAUAAACAAAAUGAUGAAAAAUUCCAACUACAACAACAACAAAAACAACAACAAAGUAAUAAUUAUAGGUUAUUAAGAGAUGAAAAUAUUAAAACAUUAUUAUUAAAUAUUGGUAAUUUAGGUCAAAGUUUUCAAUCAAAUGAAAUUAAAAUAUUCGUUUAUUUAAUUAAUGAAGCAAUAAAGAAAAGAUAUGUAAAUUUAGAGAGAUUAAUCAUCUCAGACCCUUCUAUAGUUGAUUUGAUCGAUUUUAAUUAUAUUAAAGUUCAAAAGUAUGAAUCAAUUGUCAUGGAUCAAAGAAAUUCAAAAAUUAAAGAAAUUGAUCAUUUAGAAAUAGACUUUGAACCAAACUCAAAUAUAUCAAUUGAUGAAUUAAUUCAAUUUUUUAAUAAUUUAAAUUCAAUUGAUAAAAUCCAAUUAUACUCUUCUAAUAAUCUUCCAAUAUUUAAAUCGUUUUUAAAUAAUAAUAAUAAUAAUAAUAAUAAUAAUAAUAAUAAUAAUAAUAAUAAUAAUAAUAAUAAUAAUAAUAAUAAUAAUAAUAAUAAUAAUAAUAAUAAUAAUAAUAAUAAUAAUAAUAAUAAUAAUAAUAAUUGUUUUAAAAAUUUAAAUUCAUUUAAAAGUGAAUUUAUUACAAUAGAUAAUCUCUAUGGUAUUUUAAAACUUUCACCAAAUUUAAAAGUUGUACAAUUUAAUAUUUGUUUUGAUAAUUUAAUUUAUCAAUUAAAAAAGAUUGAAAAUGAUGGUCAUGAAAGUGAAAAUAAUCCAAAACGAUGUUUAUGUUGUAAUUUUCAAAAUUAUAAUCAACUCAAUGGAUAUUGGAAUGAAAUCAUAAAUAUAUUAACAAAUAAUAACAAAUUAAAAAUAUUAAUAAUUGGUCAUGAAUGCGGAGGUUUCGCAGGAGGUGAUGGUGGUAAUGGUGGUAAUGGUGGUAAUGGUGGUAAUGGUGGUAAUGGUGGUAAUGGUGGUAAUGGUGGUAAUGGUGGUAAUGGUGGUGAUGGUGGUGAUGUUGGUGGUGGUAUUUUUGAUUUUUUGGGUGGCAAUAAUGACGAUUUUGCUCAAUUUGAAGACUAUUUUAAUAUCUCACCAAUAAAAAGUGAACAGUUUCCAACAUCUUUACUUAAUUCAUUAGCUUUUAUCGUCUCUGGAAAUACUAGUCUAAAAUAUGUUCUUUUUCAAAAUAUUAUUAACUGCGAGGAUUUAGUAGAAAUUAUUAAAAGAAAUCAUUACACCGCAAGUAGUUAUAAUUUCUCUUUCCAAUAUAACUCAUUAGAAUUAAGAAAGCUAUUAUAA